AUGGCACCCAAAUUCCCUCCACCAUUUCCAGUCGCUAACAGUACUCUCUCAUUUUGGCGAACAGAACUUCAUGCCCUGGACAGUCAUAGGUCAACGCCCGAACUACCAUCUCACGUCGAUAUUUUGAUUAUUGGGGCUGGAUUUUCGGGUGUGUCAACGGCCUACCACCUGCUGGACAACGAUAACAAGCAACAACCAUCGAUCGCGAUAUUGGAAGCGCGAGAAGCAUGCUCUGGUGCUACUGGACGAAAUGGUGGCCACAUUAAGCCAGAUUUAUAUUUCAAUGUCAGCAAGUAUGCAGCAAAGUAUGGAACGGCAGCGGCAGCUGAAGUCGCCCUUUUUGAAGCAUCUCAAGUGUAUGCUAUGAAGAAGCUGGUUGAGAAAGAGAAAAUCGAUUGUGAUUUCAUUCUUACACGGGCGAUUGAUGCCACGGUUGAUGCCCAGAUAGCAAAGGAAUCUAUAGCGGCAUAUACUAAGCUCUCAAAAGAAGGGGUUGUUGAGGUAAUCAACGAUGUGCAAUAUCACACACAGAAAGAUGCUGAAGGAGUAUCCGGAGUCAAAGGAGCGCUUUGUGCGUUCAGCUUCACUGCUGCCUCAAUAUGGCCAUACAAAAUGGUUAUGCACCUCCUUAAUCUCGUCGUUUCCAAGGGCGUAAAUCUGCAGACACACACUGCUGUAACUGAGAUAUCAGAAACCCGAGAUUCAGAUGGCUUUUAUACCGUCAAAACGAAAGACCGUGGCAGCAUGAAAGCGAAGAAAAUAGUCUUCGCUACAAACGCCUACACAGCCGGAAUCGCACCUCAGUUCACCAAUAAAAUCGUCCCCGUACGAGGGAUAUGUUCUCGCAUAGUUGCUCCAAAGGAGACUACUCCCUUACUGACGACAAGUUCAAGUGUACGGUAUGGGCAUAUGUUGUAUGAUUAUCUUAUUCCAAGAGCCGAUGGAAGUAUUGUUGUCGGAGGUGCGAAGCAGGAUUUUUGGAACUCUCUGCCACAUGAAUGGUAUGGAAAUGUUGAUGACAGCAAAUUGAUCGAGCCAGCGAAAAAUUACUUCGACGGGUAUAUGCAGAGAACGUAUAGAGGUUGGGAGAAUAGCGGUGCGAAAGUUGAUAAAGUGUGGACUGGAAUUAUGGGAUACAGUUCGGACUAUAUGCCGUAUGUUGGCCAUAUACCUGGAAAGCCGGGACAGCUCGUAGUAGCUGGAUUUUCUGGUCAUGGCAUGCCACUUAUCCUGCGAAGUACAAAGGGUAUCGCAGAUAUGAUUCUGAAAGAUCUUCCAUUUAAAUUGACUGGAGUUCCAAGGUUGUUCAAAGUCACAAAAGAACGGAUGGAGUCACAGAAGAAUGAAAUUCUAUCACAAGAGAAGCUGGCUAGGUUGUGA